AUUUCCGGAAUCACCACCUCCUCCUCUGGCCUUGCAAAUGCUACAUUUGACUACAUUGUUUGCGGCGGCGGUUUAACUGGGCUCACCAUUGCGAAUCGCCUGUCUGAGGACCCAUCUGUCUCUGUCCUGGUUAUUGAAGCUGGAUAUGACAAUCAUACCAGUCCUCUCAUAAGCGAUGUCCGCACCUAUGGCCUCGCUUUCGAUACCGAGCUUGAUCAUCGCAUAUACAGCACGCCCGUGAAAUGGCAGCACGGCGAACGACUCCUUCUUGUGGCAGGCAAGACUCUUGGCGGUAGUGGCUCCCUCAAUGGAGCGAGCUGGACAAAGGGCGCCAAGUCGCAGUACAACCUUCUUCCUCUGCUUUCCGGCGACGAGUCAUGGGGCUGGGCCUCAUUCAAUCAGUACAUGUUGAAGGCCGAAAACUUCCAUCGACCGACUGACAGCCAGCGUGACAUCAAAGGCGCUCACUAUGAGUCCGGCCUUCAUGGCUAUGGUGGCCCAGUGCAAGUCAGUUUCGGCUCAGGGAUGUAUGGCGGCACUCAGUUACCAGCGCUGGAAGCCUCAGAAAAUGCUCUUGUCAACUUCAGUCGCAACUUCGACGCCGCAUCUGGUCAAACCAGUGGCGGCACCAUCAUUCCCAAUAUGGUCGUACCAGAAGAGAACCAGAAUCGCUCUAGCCCUUUCACUGCUCAUGCUCACUCCCAAGUUCAAGAGAGAAACAACUUGAUCAUUCUGACUGGACACCGAGUGACCAAGAUUGUCUGGCGAGACACCAAAAAAGGCGCGCCUCUUGUCGCAGCCGGCGUACACUUUCAGUCAUCGCAGAACUCCCCAAUCGAAUUCGUCAAGACAAACCGUGAAGUUCUCCUUGCUGCUGGCUCUCUCCAAAGCCCUCAAAUCCUCGAACUUUCCGGCGUGGGAGAUGCACAUGUCUUGGAAGCAGCUGGUGUCGAACUGAAGCAUGAGCUGAACGGCGUUGGCGCACACAUGCAAGAACAGACCAAGAACACACUUACCUACCAAGCCCGACCAGGAAUCAACUACAACGGCACCGGCCCCCCAUCCUCAAUCGCAUUCCCAAACGCCGCUCAACUUCUCGGCGACAACGCCACAACCUGGUACCGCACCGUGAAAUCCAGUCUCAAGGCAUACGCAAACUCCCUCAAAGCCCGCUCCCUCGUCGCCAAUGCCGAAGCAACCCAUUACAUCCUCCAAACCCAACUCGAAAACCUCUUCACCGCACCCGACGUCGCAGCUUCCGAGAUCUUCUUCACAAUCAACUCCACCGCAAACCUCAUCGGUACCGACAAUUGGAACCUCAUCGUCCUCUCCCGCGGAACUGCACACAUUCGCUCCAACUCUUCCUGGAACCCUCCCAUCGUCAACCCUUCCUACUUCGACCACCCCCUCGACCAAACCUUCCAACUCGCCACGCAGAAAAUCUCCCGCAAGAUUUUUAACGCGGAACCACUCUCCUCGUACGUAGUAGAAGAACUUGAACCCGGUCUCCCGCGCGUUCCAAUCAAUGCUAGUGAUGGGGUUUGGGAGGCGUGGAUGAAAGAGGAGUUUACGAGCGUGUGGCAUUAUCUUGGGACUUGUGCUAUGAUGAAGGAGGAAUUCGGGGGCGUGGUGGAUUCGAGAUUAAAAGUUUAUGGGGUGCGGAAUGUGAGGGUUGUGGAUGCUAGUGUGGUGCCGAUUCAGUUGAGUGCGCAUCUUAGUAGUUCGUUGUAUGGGAUUGCGGAGAAGGGGGCGGAUAUGAUUCAA